GAUCGUUCAAUGGUGUAUCUGCUCUCUUUUUCUAUUUUUUUUUUGUUUUUUUGCACUCUCAUCGUUGUCCCUCAUUCAAGCAAUUCAAUCCUGCCAUGGCAAACAACUUAUUCAACCAGCUACUCUUGUACCUCAUUGUGAUACUAACACUCGUAGCAGCCCAAAGCUGUGGCCCUGGUAGUGAAACACCCAACUGUCCAAACUCUGCCUGUUGCUCCAGAAACAAUUUCUGUGGUUAUUCCCCUCUACACUGUGGAGAGGGAUGUCAAUCCCAAUAUGGCAACUGCGAUGAAGACGAUGAUCCAGUCAGCUCUUCACCUCCAUCUCCGUCUAGAAGCAGAAGCAGCAGCAUAUGGAGUAGCACAUCUACCAGCAGCUCCUGGGGUUCCUCCCGGACACUCACUUCUACAGAUUCAUGGUCGACCUCUUCCUCAUCUUCACUUGCCACUUUUAGCACAACAGCUACUACAACUGCAACCGUCACAAUCACAGAGAGCGAGCGGACUACCUCAACCGCUAAAGGAACAUAUCAACUUCAGCCAACUGACAAGCCAAGCGGAGCUGUCUCUUCUCAGGAUAAGAGCGUAAAAUCAACUGUGGCUCUUGCUAUCGUUUUCUUUGCUGGCCUAAUGAUGGCUUAAGGUCAAUCCAUGGACUCUGCAGAGAUCCCUCAAUGUCAAUGUCAAUGGGACGCAAAAUUGUUUAUACCAUCAUACACAUGUAACAUAUUUAUCAACCUAAUCCUAAU